CCCACGUUCAUUCAUUUGCCAGCGUAGGCCUUAGCGAUAGUGAACAUAGACUGGGGACAAGCUGCGCUGCGCUCGCGGUAAAAUGUUGCGUGCUGAUUGACAAUUUUUGAACGAACGAUAUUUUUUUGAUUAUUUUUUUUAAUCCAAAUUUUGACAAAAAUGAGCGAUUCUGCCAAAAGUGAUCAGGAUGUGGAGAAAAAAGAUCCGAGUAUACCUUCGUCCCUCAAUAUUUCAAAUGCGAAUUCAUUCACGGAAGAUCAACCAGAGCCAGUGGAGACUGUAGAGAUCGGGAGCAGGUUCACACCUCCGAAAAGUAGAAGGUCACCCUUCCAGGAGGUGGAGGAGUUGCUGGGGUCCACGCAGCCGCAACGGCCCUGCACGCUCGUGUGGCGGGACCUCUCCGUACACGUGAAAUUAAAAGACGGCAAAUUGAAAAGACUUGUUAAUAAUGUGAGCGGUAUUGCAAAGCCCGGCACGCUGGUCGCUCUUAUGGGACCAAGCGGUGCUGGGAAGACGACACUGAUGUCAGCGUUAGCGUACAGAAACCCAAUUGGGACGUUGAUAGACGGUGACAUCGCAAUGAAUGGGUUACCGGUGGGCGACUUUAUGCACAGAGAGAGCGGCUACAUGCACCAGGACGAACUCUUCGUGGACAAUCUCACUGUUAUCGAACACCUUUCCAUAAUGGCCCGUCUCCGUAUGGAUCGGCGGACAUCAUCUUUAGCACGCAGAAGACGAGUUAAUCAACUUUUAAGACAAUUGGGACUUUAUGGCUCAAGAUAUACUCGCAUUGGAGGCUUGGAGGGACGAAAUACUUUAUCAGGAGGGGAAAGAAAAAGACUGGCAUUCGCUACAGAGUUAUUAACCGACCCCGGAUUAUUAUUUUGUGAUGAACCGACCACUGGCUUGGACUCAUCAUCGGCACAGAAGUUAAUGUCCUUACUGCGAGCGAGUGCGGUUCAAGGCAAGACAGUUAUCUGCACUAUACAUCAGCCAUCAUCAGAGUUAAUGGCGCUAUUUGACAAGCUGGUACUCCUCGCUGAAGGGAGGAUUGCAUUCGCUGGAAACGCUUCUGGAGCACUCAGCUUUUUUGAAAGUCUCGGCUACCAUUGUCCAUUGACGUACAACCCUACAGACUUCUUCAUUAAAGUAUUAGCUUUGACUCCGGGCUCCGAGGGUGCGUCACGACACGCCAUCAAGAGUGUAUGCGAUAGAUUCGCAGUCAGUGAUGCUGCUAAGGAGUUAGAUAUGGAAAUACACCUUGAAUUCCAUCUCAUGGACCAUGAGGAUGAGGAAUCAAGACGAGCAAAGGAAGACAGUUUUAAACCACCUUUCUUCUUUACGAAGACGAUUUGGCUGGUGUACCGGUAUCUACUAGUUAUAUUAAGAGAUCCUAGAGUACAAUUACUACGAAUAUUACAAAAAUUAGCUAUAGCAUUAACAGCGGGGCUGUGUUUCAUCGGCACCGCGCAUUUGACGCAGGCGGGCAUCCAGGACGUGCAGGGAGCUCUCUUCAUCAUCAUCGCUGAGAAUACCUUUAGUCCAAUGUACUCAGUAUUGCAUAUGUUCCCUGAAGAGUUUCCAAUGCUGACAAGGGAGCUUAAAGCCGGCUUGUAUUCCACGCCGAUAUACUAUUUGGCGAGGAUGAUUGCCUUGUUCCCUGGUCUGGUGAUAGAACCGACCUUGUUCACCCUGGUGGUGUAUUAUAUAGCGGGUCUCCGAGCUACCGCCUUUGCCUUCAGCUUUACAGUCUUUAUAUCGAUUAUUGUUCUCAACGUCGCCAUUGCGUGCGGUUCAUUCUUCUCGUGCGCGUUCGGCUCAAUGCCGAUCGCUAUCGCCUACCUUGUACCUUUUGACUACACCUUGAUGUUAACGUCAGGACUGUUUGUCAAAUUAAGUUCAAUACCAAAAUACGUAUCAUGGAUUCGACAUUUAUCGUGGGUGAUGUAUUCAAACGAAGCCAUGAGCAUCUUACAAUGGGACGGGAUACAAAAUAUAACUUGCAUCGCGCCCGGAAACAUGACGGACGGCCCCUGUCUGAGCACGGGGGACGAGGUUCUCGAGCAAUACGACUUCCGCACCAAUCAAUUCUGGACUGACGUCAUCGCCCUCCUCAUCCUCUGCCUCGUGUUCCAUCUUCUUGCAUUAAUAGCACUACGGUUUCGUACAAGGAGAAAAUAAACCAAUCUUUAGAUAAUUAUCUACCGAUCAUAGGAAAAGAGCUACUUUUAUGUAACUGCAUAAAACAUGCUUCUCUUUUAUGGAAACUUUUUAAAAUAAAAGUGUUUUAUUUUUAUGGGUAUUAAAAUAUUUUAAUGUUAUGUAACGCGUGUCGAAUUAUGUCAGAGUUGUUUUUUUAUUUUAUUGCAUGUCGUUAAAACUAAAUUAUGAAUAAAAAUUGAUUAAUUAAAAUACUAAUGAAA